AUGGGGGAGCAGUGGCUGCCAUGGAAUCGCCCCCGGCAGGUACUUCAGCCAAUGCCUCUGGGAAUGACCUGCAAGCCCUGGUUCAAGGACAGGUUGCCUUCUAAGUGUUUCGCGAAGCACAAACUGGAACAACUGAAGUUCCCUACCUCUCUGGAUGGCCGACGCUGGGUGUUUGUGAAGGAAGGGCUGGAUGAUUUCAGGAGGGGCUGUCCGCCUAGUGAAGGUAUGAUCAUUCGUGGUGCCAAAGAUGGUUUUCUCCCCACAAUUUCUCGUGAAGUCCGCCGUCGCUCCAAAAAGAGUCAGCAAAAACGGUGCCAGGACUUAAGCCUGUUUUCCCCUCUGUCGUUGGCCCAGCAAGCUCGUAAGGCCUUUGUGGAGAGAACAGAAGCAAACCUGACCCAGCAUCCCUUGGCUUUCUGGCCCAUGGAGGACGGAAUUCCUAGCGAUAUUGAGCUCUUAGAAAAUGUGCUGGAAGCUCUUGACACCGAGGAGCAGUUGAUGGAGAAACCGGAUCACUAUGAGGAGAGCAGAAAAUCUAUUCAUUCUGUGCAUCUGCCUAGUGUGGCUGAGGAAUCCUCUGAAAAAGAAGAAGAGCCUGAACCUCCCAGGUUUCCUGGGUCACGAAAACACGGUCUGCUUCAUGAAAAAAAGCCCCGCAAAAAGAACCCCGCCAAGGAGUCUCUUUAUUACCGGCAUGUACCCAAAGGAGUCUAUGACUUCUGUGCAUGGGUUAACUCAUUUGGAGAUUUGGGCAUUGACGAACGUUUCAUGAUGAAGCAAUUUGACAUUGGCUAUGAGUGCAAACCGGUCUAUACUGAUUCUGCCAUCAAGAAAGUCAGCCUGCUUCCUCCGGAUCUCAGGUACUGCAGGAGGCUCAGCAAAGUGAAAGAGAUCAGAUUCUCCAUACAGGAGGCCAACUUUGAAAGGAAACUCCGAAAACCACAUGAUCCUUACAAGCCCUGCAGGGAUAAGAUUAGAUAUGGAGCGUGGUACCUGAAGCCAUAUCUGUGGAAAAAGCUAGUAAAUGACGAGCCUUUGAUAGAUCCUGAAGAGUUAUUUGAACUUGAAGGUGGAAUGCGUGGUAAACCAGACAUCAUUGAAGAUCUUUAUGGAACAAUUGCCUUUAAGGAUUUCAUCAUAAGCAAAGGCUACAAUAUGCCAACCAUCCUUGAGAAGUUGUUUAUGAGGAAAGGAUGGAAUUACGACACUGUCAACACUCCAAUACCAAGAGUACUAAAAGCACAUGAAUUGAUCAUGCAGCAAAAGGAUGAAGAUUAUGAUGACGAAAAUGACUAG